GAUGUCAUUUCUGCGCGACCCUUAUUUUUGGCUUUGCAUUUCUGGCUGCUGCUCUGAACUAUGCCUAAAGUAGUUUCCCGGUCGGUAGUCUGCUCCGACACCCGGGACCGGGAGGAAUAUGACGACGGCGAGAAGCCCCUUCACGUCUACUACUGUUUAUGCGGCCAGAUGGUCCUCGUGCUGGACUGUCAGUUAGAGAAAUUGCCCAUGCGGCCCCGGGAUCGGUCCCGAGUGAUCGAUGCUGCCAAACACGCCCACAAGUUUUGUAACACAGAAGACGAGGAGACUAUGUACCUUCGGAGGCCUGAAGGCAUUGAACGACAGUACAGGAAGAAGUGUGCAAAGUGUGGGCUGCCACUCUUCUACCAGUCCCAGCCGAAGAAUGCUCCCGUGACCUUCAUUGUGGAUGGAGCAGUAGUCAAGUUUGGCCAGGGUUUUGGGAAAACGAACAUAUAUACUCAGAAACAAGAGCCUCCUAAGAAGGUGAUGAUGACCAAGCGGACUAAAGACAUGGGCAAGUUCAGCUCUGUCACUGUGUCUACUAUUGAUGAAGAGGAAGAGGAGAUUGAGGCUAGAGAAGUUGCUGACUCGUAUGCGCAGAACGCCAAGGUGAUCGAAAAGCAACUGGAGCGUAAAGGCAUGAGCAAAAGGCGGCUGCAGGAGCUGGCUGAACUGGAAGCCAAGAAAGCGAAAAUGAAGGGAACCUUGAUUGACAACCAGUUCAAAUGAUCAGGACCUUUCUGUAAACCCAGACUGGAGGCAAGCAUUUAGAUCAGGAGGAAGAAGAGCGUUUUCUUGACUACAUGGACUGGUUCCUACCUUUAUGCCCCAACAGAAGGCUUUAUGUAGCUUCCUAGAGAUUCGAGUCCAUCUGACCUGCUUUCUAGAGACAAAUUUUUCUCAGUCUUUCUGUAUAUAGGUCUCCUGUACUGUUUUUUGUUCAUUUGAUGUAAACUGCAUCUGUGUAGAAGCCUUAUGAAUAGAUCAGUGCUUGAGUGCGUCUAGUUUCUAAAGGAGCUUUUCUUAUUCCUUCUUCAAAGUUAAUAAAAUGUUUUAAGAUUUUUGAAA